AUGGCGCCCUCCAGUUCGCGCUCAAGGUCCACUCGCCCUAUGCGGUCCAGCCGCACGAAGGUGCAAACUUAUCACGAGGAAAGCUCAUCUCAAGAUGAAUCAAGAGGUUUGCCCGUCUCAAGGCGUGCCUCAUUAUCUCUUCGUUCGCGCAGCACCACUCGAAUGCCAAGAUCCUAUCGCGAAGAUUCGACAGAUGCUAGUUUCGAUGGAGUGGUGGAAGACCAAGAGUCCGAAGGUAUGGUAGCUGCACCGGUCGACGCACAAAACCCGGAUACUGAAUCUGUGCCUACUCGCCCUUCCAAACCCUCACGUCCUCGACAUGCUACAACCACCUCGAAGCCAAAACAGACUAAACGAUCGAAACCUAGCAGUCAAGUUGGGAGAGCCUUGCACAAACGUGCCAAGGUAGAUGAGGAUGACCCGAUAUUCCUGGGAUCGGGUGUCAUUCCUCCCUGGCAAACUCUUCCCUACCAAAUCCUUCUUGACAUUUUCCUGCGCGCAUCGCAUCCACUACUCGACGAAAGCCGUUCCACCCGUAAUGACUCCGUCAAGUGGCUUGUCAAUGUUGCUCUGUUGUGUCGAAGCUUCCAUGAGCCUGCGCUGGCCGCACUCUAUCACUGCCCCCUCUUCUUCUUCCUGCCUACAAGAGCCAUCAAGAUCAAGCAACUCCAUGUUGAGGUUGAACCAGUGCUCAUUUACAAAAGUGGACCCUAUGGCUACUUUGACCUUGCUCAAUUGAUCGAAAAGACGCCUCGUUUACACACGGUACGACUGUAUCACAAAGAUGAUUACACGGUCGGAAUACCCCCGUGGCAUAUUGUUCAAUCAAAGUGGACCUAUCCAGAUGCUGUUUUUUCCGCCAUAGAGAGCCGUGGAAUUACCCUUCGUAGCUGGGAUUGGAACAGCCGCUUUUUAGAAACUGGUGAUCUUGUGGAAAAAAUGGUGAAAAUGCACUCGCAGCAGGCCUUUCAAGGUCUUAAAGAGCUGAAGUUGCUCCACUUCGACAAUCCCAACGAAGAAACAUCUGCCGUCAAAGAGGCUGGCCUCCUUGAAGCCCUUGAUAUGCUUUCUGAGCUUGAGCGACUGCAUUUCAUUGAAAGCUCAUUGGUUAGCGGGGAAAUUCUGAUCAAUCUACCAAAUACUCUCCGUUCACUUACUCUGAACAACUGUGAUCGAUUGUGGUCAUCAGAUCUUACAGCCUAUCUAUCUUCACAUGGCACCAAUCUCCGAGAGCUCAGUCUAAGCCACAAUCGCCAUCUAAACAUGUCUUUCAUCCAAACGUUGGGUCAGUACUGUGAAAAUCUUGAAAUUUUCAAAAUGGACCUUUCUAUGCAUGAUGCGUCCAGCUAUCACGAUGUCGAACCGCACUUUGAAGAUCUGCUUGUCCAAACUGAAGUUCCUACAUGGCCAGUGAAGCUCCAAGAGAUCGAGCUCACUCAGUUACGCAAAUGGGAUGAUGUUACUGCGGAAGUCUUUUUCACUUCGCUAGUGAAUGCGGCACCCAAGCUUCGCGAUCUACGUCGAUUGGUCAUCAGUGCAAUUCUGAAGAUUGGCUGGCGUGACCGUGCCACUUUUCGUGAGCGAUGGAUCGGCCUGCUCGAAAAGGUUUUCCUGCGACGAAGUACGCCACCAAACCCCAACUUCCGCUCCCUUCAAAAGCGCUUGCUCAAACCCACCAUAUCAAUGACAAUGGAUGAACUUGGUGCUAGAGUUCGUGAUCCAUAUCCACGACCCUCCACGGCUGAUAGUGGACCGUCGACUUCCUCCAAACGCCAAAGCACUCGAUUGGCACAUCAAAAAUCCAACGAAACUGACGAUGCUGCUAGCGGUUCUUCGUUAGUGGGGACUCCGCAGCCCGAAACUGGAAAGAGACAGGGUAUGUGCGAUAUUGUGAACAUUCGGAUCGACAACCAACGACCAACUGAGUUGCAAUUCAACGAAAAUGAUUUUCUUGACGAUGAACUCAGCGGCGACGAAGACUGGGAUGGCAACGAUGAUGACUUCUAG